AUGGUGGAAACUGACCAGGAGCGAUUCUCCGAUCUUGUGGCAGAACUGGAAAAUGCUUCAGCUGAAGCUGUGAAAGCAAUCAGUAAAGUGAUCGAUCGAAUGGAUGAAACAAAGGAUGAUAAAGAGGGUUUGAGUCUUUUAAAACUGAAAAACUACGAAAUGACUGCAUAUCUCGGAGAGCUGACUGUUUUAAUGUCAAAAAUGAUGAAAGGAGAAUCGAUUGCCGCUGAUCCAUCAGUUAAGAAGGCUCUCAAACAUCGAGUGUUUAUCGAAAAAAUGAAGCCGAUCGAAGACAAAAUGAAGCCACAAAUCGAGAAACUUCUCAGCAAAUCGAAUACUCAAUCAAAUGGAGUUUCGAAGGGAAAUUUGAGAGUUCGAUUGGAUAAUAUGGAUGUAGAUGGAGAUGAAGAGGAGGAAGAAGAGGAGGAUGAAGAGGGUGGAGAGAAGGGAGCGAAGGAGGUGAAGAAAUAUGUGGCACCGAGGAUUCGGGCAGUUAGAUAUGAAGAAGAAGACGAGACACCGAACAAACAACAAGAGAAAGCAAAACGACGUGCAAUGCAGAGUAGUCUCAUUAUGGAACUCAAAAAUCAAUACAGUGAUGCUCCUGAAGAGAUUCGUGAAAUUAGUGAGAAGAAAUAUCAAUAUGAUCGACAACGAGAGCGAUACGAAGAGGAGAAUUUCACUAGAAUUCGACAAAAUAAGGAACAAAAACGUCGAAGCGAACAGUUGGGACGGGCGGAGACUCUCGAUGAUUUGUUGAGUUUUGGAGAUUAUAUGAUGAGAGGAGAAGACGGAAGAGCUCUUACUGAAGGCAGUAAUAGAAAACGAGCUGCUUCUUCGAGUGCUGCUGGAAGUUCGAAACGACACAAAAAGUCUCAAAAAGAAAGAAAAAAGGCGGCGAAGGGAAAGAAGGAAGGACGGAAAAGGGCGAUUCGCAGAAGACAAUAA